CAGAGUGAAGUGUAGCACAGUUUACCUACCAUACUAUCUUGAUGCAAGCUAGUAAGGUAUCUUGAUGCAAGCAAACUACAGUGAAAUUCUUUUUUUUUGGACUGCCUUAUUUAACUUGAACGGUGACAAAUUUUAUUUUAAUUUAAAUUUAUCAUAGAUCAUAGUAACAGAUUGAAGUGUAGCACAGUUUACCUACCAUACUAUCUUGAUGCAAGCUAGUAAGGUAUCUUGAUGCAAGCAAACUACAGUGAAAUUCUUUUUUUUUUGGACUGCCUUAUUUAACUUGAACGGUGACAAAUUUUAUUUUAAUUUAAAUUUAUCAUAGAUCAUAGUAACAGAUUGAAGUGUAGCACAGUUUACCUACCAUACUAUCUUGAUGCAAGCUAGUAAGGUAUCUUGAUGCAAGCAAACUACAGUGAAAUUCUUUUUUGGACUGCCUUAUUUAACUUGAACGGUGACAAAUUUUAUUUAAAUUUAAAUUUAUCAUAGAUCAUAGUAACAGAUUGAAGUGUAGCACAGUUUACCUACCAUACUAUCUUGAUGCAAGCUAGUAAGGUAUCUUGAUGCAAGCAAACUACAGUGAAAUUCUUUUUUGGACUGCCUUAUUUAACUUGAACGGUGACAAAUUUUAUUUUAAUUUAAAUUUAUCAUAGAUCAUAGUAACAGAGUGAAGUGUAGCACAGUUUACCUACCAUACUAUCUUGAUGCAAGCUAGUAAGGUAUCUUGAUGCAAGCAAACUACAGUGAAAUUCUUUUUUGGACUGGAUACAAGUAAGCAGAAAAGGAGGAAUGUUGAGCCCAAAUGAAAUGAGCACAGGCGUCCUUAUAUAGCUGCUCCACUUCCAGUUCACUAACAUUCAGUUCUCUUUAAGUUUAAGUUCUUUGUUUAAGACUCUGGGCCCAACUUGAGAGUCUAAAUUUUGAAUUCUAAAAUUCAUAUUUCUUAUAUAAUUUUUUAAAUUUUAUGUUUAGUAAGCACUAUACUAUGGAACUGGGACAGUUGAACGCCGACGCAAAUGUUGAAAUAGAGGGGAGAGUUAAAUAUCUAAAGACGAAGAUGAUUAGUGGAGCGAAGAUCGUUCAAAAUUUUGCUUUGACGGGGUCUGACGGACUUCAGAUACUCUCCCAUUUCCCCGUGGAUGAAACAGAAAUGUUAAAGGUAAAUAUUCAAAAAUUUAAAUGAUUCAUAUAGAAUUAAAGAAUUUUAAAAACUUGAUUAUAAAUCUUGGUUUUGUAUUUGUUUCAGUAAAUAAGUAGGUUUCAGGAGGGUAAACUCUAUUAUUAUUCAAUUGAUGUUAAUUAUUAUCUGAAAGAUUUUAAAAUCACAUCAACUCUAGAAGGGAUUGACGAGUGUUUUAGAUUAAAUGAUAUCGUUUUCAGAAUGGUGAUGAAAUCAAGGGGGCUGCCUCGAAAAAGGGGCAAUAUCUUACAUUACGUGUAUGGAUCGUAACUAGUUCUACUGAUAAUAUUCCCACCCCACCCUCCAAAAGAAAGAAAACUGUCUCUCGGCCUGCUAUAAGCAGAGGGAAAACUUUACCAGUGAGUGGCUUUUUUUUUUUUUUUUCUCUUCCCUAUUUCUAAUUGGAGCCUAAGUCAGGGGUGGUUACUGCGAAUUAGCCGAGAUUAGAACCUGAAGUUUAUUAGCUGGGAUUAGAAAGGGUCGGGGGUUGUGAUUUUGGCUAGAGUCGAAACCUGAUUGAGGUUGAGGCCUCCAGUCGACCACUGAGUAUAGUACACAAACAAUUUAAAGUGUUUUAAUGUUGAUAUAUUUUCAGAAUCAGGCGCCGAGCGAGCCGGCAACCAGUUCAAAGAAGUCGAUUAGGAAAGUACCAACGGUGAGUAGCUUCAUUUUUCUUAUUCUUUUAAACAAACACAACUUUGAAUCUCACUAGAACUACAAUGUAUCAUAGUUCAGAAUUAUCCUAUCCUAAGUAUAAAGAAAUUCAAGAAAUUAAGUAAGAAAAAAAUGAAUAAAUAUUUGUUUUAGCUUCAGUAUCCCAAAACAUUAUAAUCAACAAGAUGUUUUUUUUUCUCACAAUCAAUUUGACUUGAUAUAUUUUUCAGGAUCUGGCUUCUCUACUGGAUUUAGACUUUGACUAACGACCCUACCCUAAUCUGAUUUAGAGACGACACUAUUAUUUAAAAAAUGUAUUAGACCACCAAUAAACAUUUCAUACCAUGAUUUAACUUUGACCCUCCCAAGACCAUUGAUUUGUGUCAGAAUAUAGUUUGACCCGUUACUAAUAUUUAAAUGUAUGCUCAAUUGAGCACUCCUUCCAUGAUAUUGUAGAGAAUUAUUCGCUUUAAAUUUCGUAGUGUUUUAGGGACCUCAGUUCCAAAUGAAUAAAAAUGGUGUUAGUUAACCUCGAGAUCUGAUUGUAUACAUUUAAAUUUUUGAUGUAUUGUUUAAGUUCCUGUUGUCAACUAUUUAUUUUCAAUUAACAUAGAAAAAUAUAUUUGCUUUACAAAAACUCUUUCUUUCCUAUGGCUGAUCAGUAGUGUACUUACUGUGUACCCCACCAAAUAAAUAUUUAACAUGUUAUAUCUAUAGCUCCCUAUGAUCUAAAUCGAUUACCUUCCUCUAACAUGGCGACAAGGAUGGGCCUCGGUUAUUGAAAAUAUGAAAAUAAACGAAUACGACUACUAAUUAAAAAUAACAACAACUGAUUGAUUAAUAUAACAACAUACUUUAUUUUACAAUUAUAAAUGAUAAAAACCAAUGAUAACAAUAACCGAAUGAUUAUUGAAAGUAUAAAAAUAAAAUGAAAACGACUACUGAUUAAAAAUAACCAUAACUCAUUGAAUAAUAUAACAUGCUCUAUUUUACAAUUAUAAACAAUAACAACCAAUGAUAACAACAACUGAAUGAUUAUUGCAAAAUAUUAAAACGAAUACGACUACUGAUUAAAAAUAAUCAUAACUCAUUGAAUAAUAUAACAUGGCGACAAGGAUGGACCUCGGUUAUUGAAAAUAUGAAAAUAAAUGAAUACGACUACUAAUUAAAAAUAACAACAACUGAUUGAUUAAUAUAACAACAUACUUUAUUUUACAAUUAUAAAUGAUAAAAACCAAUGAUAACAACAACUGAAUGAUUAUUGCAAAAUAUUAAAACGAAUACGACUAUUGAUUAAAAAUAACCAUAACUCAUUGAAUAAUAUAACAUGCUCUAUUUUACAAUUAUAAACAAUAACAACCAAUGAUAACAACAACUGAGUGAUUAUUGCAAAAUAUUAAAACGAAUACGACUACUGAUUAAAAUAUGUAAAUGAAAAAUAAUGGUAACUAGUAUUGAUGAUCAAAAUCAAAACAUGUAAAAAUAUAUAAAUCGAAUCUUCAGAGUUGCUUUCCUAUUGGAUAGUCCUGGCGCAUGACGAUUAGCAACUCUGUACUGUAGCUGAAGGCUAUAGAUCUAACUACUAUUUAAUCACGCAGCAGUUUCUUAUUGCUAGUAGUAGCGCCACUACCAGUGAGAGUAGUUAUUUGAUUUGAUGAAAAGGUAGAAAAGUGAGCACUCUCACUAUAGAAAAUGUCCAUCAGAAGAGAAUUCUCUUCACUACUGUUUGAAUUUACUUGUUAUUCUAUUUUAAUUAUUAUCUUAUUACACAUUUUGCUACUAUCUUUUCUUGCUAUUUAUUUUUAAAUGGUUAACCAUACUUUUUUUUCUUUUUUAUUUUGGGGAAAAUUUGCCUUCCUCAGCUGGUCGUUACUUUAUUUUUCUAAUAUUCUUAUCAUUUUAAAACUUUGAUCAGCUGCAGGGGGUGAAUUUGCGUCAAGGUUCUGUAAUAUGAACCAGUUUUCACAGAAAAAAGACCGUCCGUAGGUGGUGAAUAGCCACAUCCUUCACGAGGUGACCCCGUUCUCUGCAUUUUAUUUUACCCUACUUUUUGACUUAUGUUUUUAUUUUCCAAUGCAGAGGUUACUAAAUACGGCGGAUCGGUUAUAAAAUACUUAGUACUAUAUAAAGGCUUAAAAACAGACCUCUUAUCACAAAACUAUUAGCAUGAGCGAACUGACUUUUAAUGUAACACGAGCCUUGAAUGACUCUGUCAUUGAAUUUAAGGUUAGAGCCCCUGAAACACAGUUCAACGGAACCCCUGAAGAAGGGUUGGAGGUGCUCUUGGGGGGUGUUGACACGAUAAUAGAGCACUUCAUGCAACGACGGAACUGUUUCAAGUUCCAUGUCACUUUGGACGGAGUAUUUCAGGUAUUUGAUUUGCUACUAACAAUCUGUUAAAAUAGUGAUAAGGAAAUUUUCAAAUCCAAAAGAAGUGGUUUAACAAGGAAAAAAAUAUAGAUAAAUAGAAGUUGAUAUAUUUCAUUUACAGAAACAUAUAAACGGAGAAGAGCAGACAUUUGGUUUCAAGACACGAGCAACUGUGUGUCUGAGAUCAUCAAACAAGGAUGAGAUGAUCAAUGAAGUUCGAAAUAAAAUCUUGAACUCAUACGAGUCUUUUCAAGGAAUGGGUUGGUAAAGUUUUCUAAUUUUUAUUUCAUUAACCUCCAACUACCUUGACCCUAAUCAAACCAAGUUGAGUUAUGUUACAAUUGCAGAUACAAAGAUUAUUACAAAUAAUCUCAACAGGUAGCGGUUGGAUAUGGAGACGAUGGCAAAUGGUUACAGUGCUCGUCAUAAAGUACAACCCUGUAUCAGGAUGAUUGAUUGAGUGAUUGAUUAGGGGUCUAUAUAGGGACCACUAUAAUGUUGAAAAUUGUUGUUUUAUAUCUUACUAAUUUCAAUUAACUUUGAGAACUUUCAAUAGUUUAAAACCAAAAAUCAAUAACAAGAGUGAUUGAAAUUAAAAAUGUAGAUAGAAGACAUAUUGCAUUUAAGUUUGAAUUAUGACGUGAUUUAAGAACAUAAUUAUCCAUGUUAUAUAUAACACUCUAUAUAACAUUAUAUAAACUCUCUUAAAUUCUAGAAUGUCGACUUACUUGCCAACUCCCAAACUGUUGAAAAAGAGAAGAUGUCUGUUGAACAUACGGAAUAAAGAUGACCAAUCAUUCCUUUAUUGUAUUGUGGCUGCUUUGAAAAGACCUGAUAGAAACCCAACACGACCCGGAUUCUAUAAGCGUUAUGUCAAGAAACUGAUCACGACAGGAAUCAACGCACCAAAACGGUUGGAGGACAUCCCCCUGUUUGAGAAACAAACCUGUAUAUCCGUCAAUGUUUUUGGUUACAGUGAGAGCGAGCUAAGAACACACAUUUUCCCUAUUUACACGACGAACUUCAAGUUUAAGAGGAUAGUACAUCUGAUCAGUUUGACAGAAAGAAAUAAAACACAUUAUGUUCUGAUCAAAUCCCUAUCAACAUUUUUGAGAUUGGUCACGAAAUACGAGAAAAGAAUGUUGACAUGUGAAAGAUGUUUUAGAAGGUUCACAUCCAAACGUUUUUUUGAAAAGCAUGCAACGUUCUGUGAGACAGGAGAACCCUCUGUCUUCAUGCCUGAAGACCCUGUAUUGAAAUUCAAAAACUUUCAAUACAAAUUUACCUGCCCUGCGGUCAUGUAUGCUGAUUUUGAAGCCUAUCAGAUCAGCAUGAACGAGAGCACCGGUCAAAAAAGCUCAAACAUCGCUGAACAAAAACCAACAGGGUUCGCAUACAUGAUUGUGUCACCUCAUGAUGUUCUUUGUAGACCAUUGAAGUUAUAUAGAGGUGAAGACGCAGCCGCAAAGUUUGUAGACUGUUUGAUAAAUGAGUGUUACGGCAUAGAGGAUAUACUUAACGAGGUGCAACCAAUGGAUUUCACAGACGAUAACAUGGUGCAAUUUCAAACAGCAACCAACUGUUCAAUCUGUAAACAAAGAUUAAUUUGGGAUGAUUUGCACAAUCCUGUUGUUCGCGAUCACUGUCAUAUUUCAGGUUCAUUUCGUGGUGCCGCUCAUUCUCAAUGUAAUUUGAAGGCUUGUCAACAAAAGAGGUUGUUUGUCUACUUUCACAAUGGGAAGGGUUACGACAAUCAUUUCAUUCUAACAGCUUUAGCUGAUGACAAGAGAACGGGUACCAUAGAGGUUAUUGCCAAUACUGCUGAGAAAUAUACCCAGAUUAAGACCCAAAGAUUCAUAGUCCAUGAUUCAAUGAGUCACCUCGUUGGCAGUCUAGAUAAUCUCUGCAAAAGCUUGCGACAGAGGGGCUUGGAUGGGUUUAAUCUAAUGCGAAACGAAUUCCCCCUCGAUGAUCAAUUUCGAUGUGUGUUGCAAAAGUUAAUCUACCCCUACGACUAUAUAGACGGGUUUGACAGAUUCGAGGAGCCAAUUCCUGGUAAACCAGCGUUUUUCAACAAACUCACCGAUGAAGAUUUGUCUGACGAAGAUUAUGACACACUCUUAAGAAUUUGCAAAAUCUUCAAUAUAACUACUUUAGGGGAACUUCACGAUUUGUACUUGAGAGUGGAUGUUUUGAUACUAGCAUGUGUCUUUGAGGACUACAGACGGUUGGGUCUUGAAAUGUUUGCUAUAGAUCCAGCGUAUUACAUAAGUUCACCAAGCUACUCGUUUGACGCUAUGUUGCAUCUAACGAAUGUUGAGUUAGAAUUGUUGACAGAUGUGAACAUGUAUGAAUUCUUUGAAAAAGGAAUGAGAGGAGGUUGCAGCACAGUUUUCAAACGUCUAGCCACAGCUAACAACAGAGGUCUACAAAGAUAUAACGAUCAAAUGCCUCAGUCAUCGAUUUUCUACACAGAUUGUAAUAACCUGUACGGGUAUUGCAUGCAAAUGAAGCUGCCCCACAAAGAUUUUAAAUGGUUGACUGAGCAAGAGAUAUCCUCUCUGGAUGUCACAAAGAUCGACGUUAAUGGUGAUACAGGGAUGAUUUUGGAGGUUGACUUAGAAUACCCUGACUCACUUCAUUCGAGUCACAGAGAUUAUCCCUUGGCUCCGGAGAGGUUAUCUAUAACAAAGGAUAUGCUGAGUGAGGAGACGAGGCAGUUUUUUGAUGAUUUCAACAUAUCAUAUUCAACCCAGACCAGACUCACGCAAACUGUCUUACCUAAAACGAAUUAUGUCACACAUGUCAAGAACUUGCUGUUUUACACACAGCAAGGACUUGUUCUCAAAAAGAUACAUCGAGCUGUGACAUUUUACCAAUCUUCUUGGAUGGCUGAAUAUAUAAAAACAAAUACUAUGAAGAGGAUUGAAGCCCAAAACAAGUUUGAGAAGGACUUCUUUAAACUUCUGAUAAACAGUGUCUUUGGCAAGACCUGUGAGAACGUUAGAAAAUAUCGAAAGUUUGACUUGGCAACAACUGAAAAGCAAGUCAAACGCCUCUCUCAAAGAGUUGAACUGAAGUCUGCUGUCGUUGUAUCCAAAAAUCUCGUCAUUUUUGAGUCAAACAACCUUGAGAUAACGUUAAACAAACCUCUUUAUGCAGGCAUGGUGAUUUUGGAACUUGCAAAACUCCACAUGUAUCAAUUUCAUUAUAAAGUUAUGCGACCUCUGUUUCCAGGGAAAAUUGAGUUGUGCUACAGUGACACGGACAGUUUUCUAUACCACAUACAAGAAGGCGAUUUGACUGAAAAAUUUUCGAGAAUAUCCUCAACUUUCAUGGACUUCUCAAACUACCCUGUGAAUCAUUGUCUCUAUUCCAUUCAGAAUAAACUCACCCCGGGCAGAUUCAAGGACGAAAUGGCAGGUUGCGAAACCCAUCAGUUUGCUGGGUGUAGAGCCAAAUGCUACUCUAUAGUUACAGAUGAAGAACAGAAAAUGGGAGCCGCGGGAGUGAAGAGAAAUAUGCAAAAGAGACUGAAGCAUGUCGAUUUUGUAGAAACAAUCGCACAUUCCACGUUUAAGAACAUUACUCAGAACACCCUAGUAUCAAAAAAUCAUAGAAUUUUUAUGAGACAAUCAGAGAGAAUAGCUCUAAGUUUUGUAGAUAUUAAGAGGGUUGUUUUAGGUAAUGGAAUUGACACAAUUCCAUACGGGUAUAAUGGAUAUGUUGAUUGACUUUUUAUUUGUUUGUAUCUUAUUUAUGUUUAGGUUAUAC